AUGACGUCAUCACAAUCGCAAUCGCCGCCGAGCGCGCACGUGUUGACGGCGUACGCGGUGCGAGGCUCGUCGGGGACGCUGCCGGCGCUGCGCGUCGUCCCGCUCGAGCUGUCGGACGACGCCGGGAAGGCGUGCGUGCGCGCGCUGUGGAGCGCGGUGCGGUUACUGCGGGAGACGAACACGGAUCGGGGAGGGAAAUCGAUGACGCCAUUUUCAAACGAAGGCGCGUGCGAACUCUUCGCGCAGGCUGGAGUGCGAGACGAGGGGGACGUGCUGCGGUACGGCGUCGCGCGCACGAACGCGAAGGCGCUCGCGGAGAAGGCGCUCGGGCGGGGAUCGACGAGGGAAGUCAAGGAGGGCGCGGCUUUUGAUUUAGUGCCAAGAUCGAAUGAUUUCGAGUCGCGGGUGGCGUACGGAGAGAUCCUUCGCGAAGCGCUGUAUGAGCACACGCUGAGUGUGGCAGGCGAGCUCUUCGACGUCUCGCGUUUGGGACGAAGCGGCGUGUUGCUCACGGCAAAGUUGACGCGUGGGUCAUGGGCGUGGACGCCCGUGAGCGAUGCCGUGGCGGUUUUAGAUCAGUACACGAUAGAUAUCGAGAUUGGGGCGGAGGAUUCGGCGCAGAUACUAUGCACACUCGGGCACGAGCUGCGGAGUCCGCUGAGCGUUCGUCAAAUCUUGGACGAUCCGUCGUUGAUGGAUCUCCCGGAGGGUGCCGAAGUCGUCGCGUUGGGCGGACCGCAUCUUCAAGGACAACUUUCGUACACAAAUAUCGGCGGGAAGACGAUCGGUGAGGCUCGAGAGGAGUUAAAAGGGGAAAGUCUUCUAAGCUAUCAUCGCGCGCGCUACCCGGCACGGAUUGAAUUGUUAGCCAACGCGCGCGAUGACGACGACGCAGUGCAGCUCGUGCAACCGGGGCGACCGCCGAGUGCAUACCCAGCCGAGCUUCUUUCACCCGUGAUUAAGAUGAACAUACUCGACGCAACCACGCGCGAAGCAGUUUCAGAGACGUGUUCUGGAACGCCAGCGGAUUUGCAACGUCGGAUCUCAGCCGUUCGAUCGAUGCUAGGUCAACCGUUUACACCACUUUUGCAAGUCGACGAAAAGAUGCAAAGGCUCGCCGCGGCGCCACCGCCGGCAUCAGCGAACGAUGACGUUCGUCGAGGAAGUAUGAAAACUGGACCGGCGGUCAUGCCUUCGGCGUCUACGAUGACGACGAUGGAGAAAGCGCUUCCAACGCUGACUUUACUGCUCGGUGCGUCGACGAAGACGGACGAGACGGCGGCGACGAAUUACAUCUCACGGCUCACGGCUGACGUAGAAGCCGCGAUGAGAGGGUGGAGCGCGAGAGAAGAAGACAUCGAUGCGAUAAAGGGCGAUAUCGCAAACGCGGUGGUGUGCUACUACGACGAUAGCUCGCUGAAUGCCACACGUUCGGCGUUCAUAAAGGUUUUUCGAGAGAAUAUGUCGUCGUCGUACUUGGUUGCACUCUCUGAGACGAAGCAAUUUGUCGAGGCGGGCGCUCGUCAAGCCGGGUCACGAGUGUCGAAUGAGUCCACGGUGAGAUGGGCCGCGGAUGACUCAGACGCGAGACGACUGUGUUUUUCGCUCAUCGCUCGACGUGGAGGUCAAGCAACGGUAUGCAAAGAUCGAAUCAUCGCCGAAGAUGCUCACAUCGUUGGCGCCGGCGUCAAGUCAGGCUUUCCUGUCGUCGACUCGUACGGUCGAGUCAUUGCUCGACAAUUCGGCGCUCCUUCUGGCGCGACAGUCACUGGUGCGGUGCGCACAGCAAUUGACCUUAGACUAAAAAUGAUAGCCAUUCACCACGCCGGUGAAUCCGACGUCGAGGACGUCAGGGCGGCGAUGAAUUUAGCGCGCGAAAACAACGUGACGAUUUCAACCGUCGUCGACGUGGUCGACGCCGACUUCGGUCGUGUUCUCGGUUGGAGCAAACAAGCGGGUGCGGUGACGCAACCUGAUCGUGGUUUCUGGUCGCCUUUAGGUACGGUCGGCGACGACGCCGUCGUCGUCACCACGGGCAUGGAGUCCAAUCUUGUUCGAGGUGUCUCCAGACCGCUUCGGCUUCGAAUCCGUGCCGGCGACGACGGCAUCGAAUCGGCGGUGGAUCAAAUACUCAAGCUCUCCGUCAUUGACUGUCACUUCACACCAUCGACGAGUUCAUUUCGAUUACCUUUGACGCUGAGGCCGAAGAGCGAGAACAACUUGGAAAUCAUUCUCGUCGCCGCCGCGACGUCGACGUUGUAA